GGUGGCGCUGCCGUCAGUGCAUUUGCAUCAGCAUGGCGACUUUCUUUGGAGAAAUAUUACCUGUAGCUUCUCGGGCUGGAGAAGAGGAAGAAGAAGACGAUGAAGAUAUCGAAGACGAGUGGGCCCAUGAUUUCAAGUGGACAACAGAAGACUGCAAUGAUGCUACACGCUAUCAUCCUGUUCCGAGUAUACAUCCCUUCAGCCUAGUGGUAGCAGUGGGAAAUGUCGCAGCAGCAUUUGUUGAAUCAUACCUCACGAGGAGAAAAGCGCAGUCUAAUACUCCUAAACAUAAGGCUAGAGCCUGCAUGUAUACCAGCCACUCGGAUUCAUCUGAUGGCAUCGACAAACGAAUUUUUACCUCAGAUGUAGACCCACCUCCACAUGCUACAUAUUCACUAGUAGACAAGUUGGUCACGGGAAAUGACAUUCUGAUCCUCUGCUCUGGCCACAUCAGCAGUCUGCAUACUGAGGAGGCACUAGAGCCUCCUGUUCUCAGAGGACUGGCAACGACGGAAUGGACGGCUCCACUUCCAUGUCCGCACUUGGAGCAGCCGAAUAUUGUCUCUGGGUUGGCUGCUGCUGUUCUGCAGCGAUGUCAGAUCCACAAAAAACGGGCUCUUCUGCUUGUCUGCUACACUGAGAAUAUGUAUGUCGACACUUCCUCUGUGAAUGCCUAUUGGGGAGGAUUGAAGUCCACAUUGUUUCAUCAAGAAGCAAACAAAGGAGAAACAAGUCUUCAACAAGUCAUAGCUCACAUGGUGGCAGAUAAAGACAACCUCUAUGCGUGAAAAUUUUAACAUACUAUACUACAUCAUGUUACCUAUAUGCUGUGUAAUCCUGCCUAUAGACUAAUUCUAAGAAAUUUCAUUGUCACUUUUUGAAAAUCCUCUGAAAAUAUAUAUGAGGGUCUAAAUGUUAAAAGGUCUCUUUCAUCUCAUGCCACUAGCAUGUGGCCAUUCCUCCAUCGACAGCACAGGAACGAAUCUAAGUGUUUUUGCCUACCUUACACGUGGGGAGGAGAAAAACUAAAGCUUUAUGGUUUACAUAAAAGACAUGCUUAUUAGUUGAUAUGAAAUUUAUUUUAUAUCUGGCUAUAUUAUAUUAUAUAGCCAGCAUGUGAUUCUUGUCAUAUUGCUUGUUAAUCUGUUAAUUAAGGUGAAGAGUACAUAAACUGACAUCACUUGAACUUGUUCAUGAUGAUGUGUGGAAAACGUGUUUCAGAAUGGUGCAAUGGAACAUUUUCCACACUAAGUUCAUAUGUCCAUGAUAUGAUAUCAAGAGAGGAUAAUACUUUUCUGUAUAUAAAGAUUAUUCUAUUUUGAUGAUAUUUAUAUUAAAAGGUUGUUAACCAAAAUAAAAUGUCUCUCAUUCAA